GGAAGUGAAUUAGAAGCCGGUGGUGGAUCACCACCAUGUAUGUGAGACGACGGAGCCCCUUACUGCUGCUGCUACUGGUGCUGCUGACGUUCGUGAGCAAUGUGCACGCAUUUGGCUUCAACUUUGGCUUUGAUGGGGGUCACCACGAGCAUCACCACGAGCAUGAACAUGAGCACGUCGACUUUUACGAGACGUUGGGACUGACCAUGGAGGCGUCCGAAGCUCAGAUCAAGAAAGCCUAUCGCAAACUGAGCCUUAAAUACCACCCAGACAAGAACAAAGGCGACGAGGAGGCUGAGGGCCGCUUCCACGAGAUCUCGCGCGCCUACGAGGUGCUAUCUGAUCAGCAAAAGCGGCAAGUGUACGACCUUGAGGGCUUCGCUGGUCUCGAGCGCGACGAAAAGUCGGGCGGCCGCCCUUCUAGUCCAUUCGAUGCCUUUUUUGGUGGAGGUGGAAAGCAACGCGGUCCUGAUGCUGCCGUGGACAUGCCCGUGACACUGGAGGAGCUUUACAACGGAGCCAAGAAAGAGGCACAGUUCGCUCGAAACGUCAUUUGUCGCAAGUGCCGCGGCACCGGAGCUAAGGGAGGAAAAACUACUAAGUGCAAGACGUGUGGUGGCUCGGGGCACGUGCUGGUGGAGCAAAAUAUGGGGCCAGGGUUCACCGUGCAGAUGCAGCAGCCGUGCCCCAAGUGCGGUGGGCGCGGCAAGACCUUCAAGGAGGCAUGCCCGUUCUGCCAUGGUAACAAGGUCGUGAAGGAGGACAAGGUGCUAACAGCGGAGAUUGAACGAGGUAUGCCGUCCACCCAUCAGAUUGUCUUCGAGCGCGAGAGUGAGCAGCGGCCCGGUAUGGUGCCAGGCGACGUCAUCUUCCGCCUGCACCAGGUGCCUCACCACCGUUUUCGCCGCGCGGGUGAUGAUCUGCACCACGACCUCGAGAUUUCGUUGGAGGAGGCGUUACUGGGGUACAAGAAGCCCCUGAAGCACCUAGACGACCGCACCAUAGUGCUGACAAACUCGAAGGUGACAACGCCCUUUGAGGUCCGCACAGUGCAGGAGGAGGGCAUGCCCGCUCACAACUAUCCGUCUCAACACGGCAACCUGCACGUGCAUCACGAGAUUCAGUUUCCGGCGAUGCUCUCGGCUGAGCAAAAGGAGCUUGUGAAGCAGCUACUGCCUGAAGACCUAAUAGUGGCAGUGAAGUAACAUCACAACAAAAAUGGAAGUGGUGAAAGUAUGCUCACGCAAA